CUUAUCGUAUAAAUGAAAAACAAAAUGUAGAUGUGAAAAUUCGGGUUAAAGGUCAUAUUAUAAUUUCAAGAUGGCGGCGACCAUGGGAAGGUUGACGAGUGUCUUGCGUCAGCAAGCAAAUUCCACAGUUUGCAGGCCCCUGUUCACAUCUACAGCCGUACACAAUGACAAGCCGGAGGGAGGCAAGAGUUGGUUCACUAAACUGUUCCCUGAGAAGAUCCAGGCACCCACAGACGCACACUCCCGUCUUCUCACUGCCAAGGACCUAGUCUAUGAGAUGCAGAUCCAUGAUGUUAAACCAGAGUAUAUGGAACAAUAUAAGGAAAUGACAGAGGAGUAUUACCCCAGGAUACACCAGUCCUCAGAGUUCCCAGGUGAAGUUAAGGGCUCGUGGUAUACUGCCUUUGGGUACCAGGAUCAAGCAGUGCACCUGUGGAUAUACAGAGAUGGUUAUGAUGGGGUCACCAGAAGUGAAGAAGCCUUACUGGGUGACAAGGAGAUGCGAGAAUUUAUAGAGAAGCGUCAGAAUAUGCUGCGGGCUCGCAGUAAUCAGCUGUUGUUAGAGUUCAGCUUCUGGGGCGAGCCAGAGCCGCGGGAAGGUUUCAACGUAUACGAGAUGAGAAGUUACCAACUAAAGCCUGGGACAAUGAUUGAGUGGGGAAAUAACUGGGCUCGCGGUAUCCAGCAUCGUCAGGAGAAUAGUGAGGCGGUCGGCGGGUUCUUCUCCCAGAUCGGCCCUCUGUACUGUGUGCACCAUCUCUGGGCGUACAAAGAUUUACAAGCACGCAAAGCAACCCGUGAGUCUGCUUGGAGGAAGCCAGGCUGGGAUCAGUGUGUAUCAUAUACAGUGCCACUGAUUCGCAAGAUGGAGUCCCGUGUGAUGCACCCUGCUCCUUUCUCCCCUCUGCAGUAGUGGAAUAACUCAAGAAAAGGAAAACCUUCUUAACCAAUCAGAAACUCAGAAUCACCCCCUCACAUUGUCUUUAUAACAUCUGCAUAUAUUUUGGAUCAGUCCAUUGUGCAGAUAGGGGAAUGUGGAGCAUGUGUGAAAAGGUUAAAAUGCUGCAUGUCCUUUCUUAGAAUUUCAUAGACAAAUGGUAUGAUCCAACAAGGUACCAUUUCGGUGUACAAUUGUAAUUGAAAUGUGCCAUGUAGACACAGUAGAUAAAUCCUUUAAGGUUAGAAUCCUCCCAAUCUUACACGUCUUAACGUUAGAUCUUCUCUUUAAGGUUUGAUUAAAUUUCAGAGGAAAAUAUCAACCUUUGGGAUUUUUAAUUAUUAUUUCUUUAUAGCGUUAAAUUUUUUUUUCAUUCUCAACAAGAGAUAGAUUUAAGAUUCUUAAGUAUUUGUAGGUAUCAAUUGUUUUGGGGAAAUGCAAUAUUUAAGUUUGCAUAGCUUAAGUUUCUGAAAUCUGUCAGAAGAUUGUACCUUUAAAGCUGAUGAAAACAAGUUUCUCUAUGUUUUACAGGCUACUUCUUCAUUUGGUUUGAAGUAAAACACUUUUUUGACAAUGUCUCUGGGGCAGAGGCACUCUUAUGCUAGGCAUAUAAUUUCGAUAUGUUGGUUUAUAUAAAGUUAAAACAUGUCUUCUGAUACACCAUUAAGUGUUUGCAUUUUUGGGGGGCUGAAGACUGGACAAUGUUGGCACUAUGCACCAUUUAAUCUAAAUCAUAACAGGCUCUCAUUGGGAAGAAGGUGGGGGAUAGUCAUGUGUUAGAUCCUACUUUAGUCAGGUGUACAAAAAGUGUGAAAUAAUAGUAGUUUAUGGCUUGGGUGUAGCUUAAUACCAGACAGGAACCUCUAAGCUGAUAUCUGUUUCUGUCUGUGCUUGUCAAUAGACAUUGUGGUAAUGAAAAAAUGGAGUGAUGCUGGGUAGUUUUGUGAAAAUUCUUGUACAAUACUGUAACAUGCUUCUCUCCUUUGGUAACACAUAACAGUGCUGUUUCAAAUGGAUCUUGAUACCAACAACAACUAGUACAAGCUUUAUGCAAUUCAUGAUGCCUUUUUUUGUUGCUAGCUGGUUGGUAACAGCUAGAACUUGUGGCCAAUACAGUUUGAUUU